AUGGCCCUGAAUUGCGUUACCCCAGCGGACCAGGACUGGCUUUCUGAGAUGUUCGAUGAGACGUUGGAGAAAUCCACCCUUGCACGGGCCUAUGAGGCUUUGGCUUUUGCUUCGAAGUUGGUAGAGCGCAAGAGGAAGGUCGCCUCGGUGUAUCAGGAAUUCGAGAGCGAAAUGACAGAGUUGAGGAAGGUUGUCCAGUACAAUGAUGAGUGGUUCUCUUGCCUAAAUACCGACUUGACCACUCUGAGGGCAGAAAAAGACUCUGCAGCGAAAGUGCUGGAGGCAACUCAGGAGAGUCUGGAGAAGUUGGAGGAGCAAGUCCGAUCAUCCGUGACCUCUUACAGGAAGGUAAAAAAGAAGCUGGAAGAGAAGAAACAAUUGCUUCGUGAGCUGCAGGUUGAGAUGGAUAGCUUGCGGGUUAGAAUUAAUGAUGCUGGAACCAAGGCCCUCAAUAAGUAUCUUAAAUCUGAAGCUUGCAAGGUUCAUUAUAUGGCGACGGCUUCCCUGGCCGUGCUGAAGACUGCUCACUCCAUCUGGGUUCAAGUAAAGGAGAGGCAACCGGAUUUCAACUUCGAGGGGAUAUCCGAAGUGGAGAACAUGCUUAUGUGGUUAGAGUCAGGCGCCUACAAGCCUGGCUCCUCGGUUGGAAAAUUGGACAUCCCUCGUCCCUCUUCUUUUGUGAUUCCUCAGGUGCCCCUUGACGAGGUCGGUGGGCAAAGCUCUUCAUUCAGCCCUGGUGGAGCUACUGCCAGUGGAACUAAGCAAAUAGUGAAUUCUGCUCCUCUUGAGACUGCCCCUGAGCAAAAUGUUGCGCAAAGUGUCGAGCAUGGAGAGGAGAAUCUCCCCCCAGUCUUGUCAACCAUGCCAGCUGCUCUUGUGACCCCUGAAGAUGCUGUAGAUACCCCUAUGAUUUAA